AUGGCAGAAAGGAGAGAAGGCGAAAAAAUGGUGGGGUUGCAACAAGACGCCCAAAAAGAUGACGAUGAAGGUACAUUUAGACAUUUUUAAUACUAUUCCUAAUUGCGGCUGUAACAAGCUACUUCAAUUUAAACAUUUUGUAUGUUUUUUCACAGGUCUAUCACACUCGAUGCUUGAACGAUGGGAGGACUUUCAGGUAAAACUUCUUGUCAGUUGUUGGCAAAAGCAGAGGCUUGAAUUCGGAAAAGGGAAAGCUACCAAAAAGGACAUAUUCAACAGAAUUGCCAAUGAGUUCAAUAGUAUUUCUACUGACGUGAAGGUCACGGGGGAGCAGUGUGGUCGUAAGUGGCUCAAGCUUGAAGCUUCCCACAAGAAGAUAACGGACCACAACAACACCACGGGAGCCGACAAGAAAACUUGGAAAUACUUCCAUGAAAUGGAGUCUUGUACCGGGGAAAAUCCAAAUGUACGACCGAAGUUCACUUAG